GUUUACGUAAUUGUUAUUUAGAAAACAUAUUAUUAUUGGGAGGACGACAUCUGCAGAAAAGCGCCAAACACACCCCAACACAGACAACAGCCGCCUUCGUAUUCACAUCAAAUCCUCAAUUGCUUCAAAUUCAAACUCUCUGUCCCUGAUUCCGCUCUUGAUGGAAGCGAUAAUCUUCCAUCACGAGCCGCAGGCCUAUUAUAUAGGAGCCGUAAUUGCGUAUCGCAAACCCUAAUUCCCCCCAAUUCAACCUCCCAAUUCAACCUCCCAAUUCUAUCACCUUUCCGUUCAUUGAAAGCGAGGGAGGAGGAUGAUGUUCCCGUGGAACAUCGCGAGGUCGGCGGAAGCCAUCUUCUCGCGGUGGGCGCUGAAGAGGGUUUGCAAAUUUUUGCUGAAGAAGAAGCUGGGGAAAUUCAUAUUGGGGGAAGUUGACCUUGAUCAGCUCGACGUGCAGCUUAGCGAUGGCACCAUCCAGCUUAGUGAUCUUGCGCUGAACGUGGAUUACCUGAAUGAAAAGCUAGGUGCAGCAGCGUCUUUGAUUAUAAAAGAGGGUUCGAUCGGCUCCUUAUUAGUUAGAAUGCCUUGGAAGGGCAAAGGUUGUCAAGUUGAGGUGGAUGAACUUGAAGUUGUUCUUGCUCCCCGACUCAGAAGUAAUUCAUCAAGUGGCAAUGGAACUUGUAGCACCAGUCAAGAUGGUCCUCAUACUAUACACCAUGAUGUGGGAAAACCUGGGCAUGAUGCACUGGAUAGUGCCACUACAUCUACGUCCUCUGAUGUCCAUGAGGGCGUCAAGACAAUUGCUAAGAUGGUAAAAUGGUUUCUUACAAGCUUCCACGUGAAGAUAAAAAAUUUGAUUGUUGCUCUUGAUCCAAAUUUAGAGAAAGAUGAAACAGAAGCGGCUACUUGCACAACCUUGGUUCUACGAAUAACAGAAAUAGAGUGCGGAACUUGUGUGUCAGAAGAAUCUAGUUCAAGUAACAGUUCAAAAAUUGAGAGCUUCCUUGGCAUAAGUAAACUUAUGAACUUUGUAAAAUUUCAAGGAGCCAUACUUGAACUUCUCCGAAUGGAUAAUGUUGACGGUAGAACAUCUCUUGACGAAAAAUUUACCGGAUAUUGUCCGUCAAAUGCAGCAACUCCAAUCGCUGUGGGGAAGGAAGGCGGUAUUUCAGGGAGCCUAAAGUUGAGUAUACCUUGGAAUGAUGGUUCCUUAGAUAUCCGCAGAAUUAACGCAGAUGUUUAUGUUGAUCCGUUAAAGCUAAGAUUUCAACCCAUCAUACUUAAAUGGUUCUUGCUUUCAUGGGAAGUAUUGAAGAAUCUUGCUAAUGAUGGGAGGGCCCACACAUCUUGCAAGACAGCUGAAUCAGUUUAUUUCAAUUCAGCUUCUCAUUUCCAUUCAUCUGCGAUUCCUACUAACCAAGAUGUACAUAUUGGCGGUACCAUUUCUACUAACUUGUAUGCUCCAAAUAGUGAAGAAUUAGUAACUGGAACUACACCGCCUGGGUCACACCUUAUACAUGAUUGGGUACCACGGUCUGUGAGCUAUAAGCAGAAUGUUGGCACUGAAGAUGUUGAUUUCGGGGCAAGGUCAUUAUGCUAUUCAAUUCUGAUCCCCUUACAACUCACUNUUCUGUUUUCACUGCAAAUUACUGUGUUUCUAGCCUGGCUUCUGGAUCUUUGGCAUGUUCCUUCUGAACAGCAGCAUAUCCAAACCGAUCUCAGGGCAACUAUUGCUGGAAUUUCAAUUGUGCUUUCUUUUCAUGAUGACGGCGAUCAGGCACAUGAUGUUAUGGAUGCUAAUUAUGUGGCUGCAGAAUGCAGAGGCCUUUUUGUUGCCAUGCAGGUACGUCCUUGGGAAAUGAGCUUGGAAGGAACGAUGAAGUAUGUUGAGGUUGCCCACUAUCUGUGCAGUGAAAAUGACGUAAUGAACUUUGAUUUUCAAGGAAGUGUUGGUGAUAUUAAGUGUGAAACGUAUUGGAUUAAGAAUCUUCAAGCUGAAGUUGAGGAUACUCUCCCUCCAUUUCCCUCUUCUGCUGAAGGUCCUGAUUUAGACAGAUUAAGUGGGCUAGUUGCUGAUGCAUUUUUAUCUGGAAAGAAGGGCAAUGCAGUUAAAACUUUGUUGCUGAGAUCCUCAGGUGUUACCCAGUGCCAGGUUACUAUUGACUCCCGAUUAUCAGAUGGCAGUUUAAGGAGACCAACAUUGUUUUCAUUAAAUCUGCCUCCAUUCAUAUUCUGGUUGAACUUUCAUUUGAUAAAUAUGUUGCUGAACCUUUUCAAGGAAGUUGGAAAAUCUAUUGAAAGAAGCAGUAAGAAGAAUGGGUUUUUGGAUCAGGGAUGUAGGGAGAAGCAUGAUCCAUUUCAAGGAGAUGGGCACCUCCAAAUCAGGACCUUGCAUUCAACAGACAGUUUUAGGGGGAAUAUAUCAAUCCCCAAUGCACGUUUAAUUCUGUGCUUCCCGUUUGAGAGUGGCAAAGAGAUUGGAGGCAGCUUUUGUUGGAAUCAAUUUAUUGCUCUUGAUUUUGCAUCAUCCAAAACUUCAAAGGAAAAAAUUCAGGGUAGUCCGGUUUUAGAUGGGUGUCCACAAGGAAGAACAUUCUCUCCAUCAGCCAUCUUGACUGUUUCCAAUGUAGUUGCAGCAGAUUGUGUAAAUGGUGAUUACAAAAUUAAAGUGCAAGAUCUGGGUCUUCUUCUUUGUACAGUGACAGAUCCUGAGAGACUUGGUGGUACUUACAGUGUAGAGUAUCUUUGUGAGUAUGGUUAUGUUAAAGUUGCUAGGGAGGCCCUUGUGGAAGCAACUUUAAGAACAAAUUGUGAGAAUGGCAUUCUUUGGAAGGUUGAAUGUUCCAAAUCUCACAUUUAUGUUGAAACAUGCAAUGACACCACCUCUGGUCUGAUUCGCUUGGGUGCUCAACUCCAAAAGUUAUAUGCUCCUAAUGUGGAGGAAACAAUUGUACACUUGCAGACGCGAUGGAAUAAUGUUCAGCAGGCAAAGGAGAGGAAUGAUUCCAAUGAUAAGGCUGGGAAUUUUAAUGAUGAUUUAGCUUCUCAAAUGCUGAAUACAAGUAUAGAUGCUAAGAGGGAAUCUGGAGUAAUUGGACUCAUGGAUGAGAUAAGUGAAGAUGCAUUCAAUUUAGAUGGGACUCAGACAUGUCAAUUUGAUUCCUCAGACUCAAAAUUGCAUGCAUCACAAGAUGGAAUCUUUCUUGGGGAGGCAUGUAACCUAAGUUUUGAUACUUCUGAGAUUUUCUCGCACAAUCUAUCAGUGAAUGGAUCUGCACUUGCCAUAGGAGUGGAAAGUAGUCAAACAUCAUUCCUAGAAAAUGAUUGUUCGCCUGAACUGAUAGAAAGUUAUUGUUUAUCUGAGUUACGUCCUCUAUCAGAAUUAUCUGCAGGCAGGGAACUGUCAAGAAGACAUCGGAAUCUUGGGGAUGGAGACCUUGAGAGAAGAACUACUGGAUGGUAUGGGGAUGCCUCUUUUAGAAUUGUAGAAAACCAUAUUUCAAAAACAAGUGACCUAAAUUGCAUGACAAAAGUUAAAGAGUGCAUGACUUCAUCUGUUGAGGGUGCAAGACCUGAUGAUUUUGGAAAUGCUCUGGGACGAGUACUUGUUAAGAAUGUCAAUGUUAUAUGGAGAAUGUAUGCUGGCUCUGAUUGGCAUGACUCGCAGAAGGAUAAUGAAAGCUCUACAGAUAUCCAUGGAAGGGAUACAACUGUAUGCCUUGAGCUUGAACUGUCUGGGUUGCAAUGCCAAUAUGACCUUUUCCCUGUUGGUGGAAUAUGUUCAUCAAAGCUUUCUCUUUCAAUCCAGGAUUUUCAUCUUUAUGAUAGGAGCAAGGCUGCACCCUGGCAACUGGUAUUGGGUUAUUAUAAUUCGAAAGAUCAUCCUAGGGAAUCCUUUUCAAAAGCAUUCAAGCUGGAUAUAGAUGCUGUCAGACCAGAUCCACUAAUCCCGCUUGAGGAGUAUCGGUUACGCAUUGCAUUCCUUCCUAUGCUAUUGCAUCUUCAUCAAAGCCAGCUUGAUUUUCUCAUAAGCUUUUUUGGGCCAAAGAGCUUAGCAGUUGAUCAAUCUUCUGGUUGUGCUCAAGAUUCAGGUGCUUCAAAAUUAGUGUUGACAGAGAGAGUUGAUCCUGCCGGGCAUCAUGUCAUAGAGGAGGCAUUGCUCCCUUAUUUUCAGAAAUUUGAUAUUUGGCCUUUUCUUGUUCGGGUUGAUUACAGCCCCCACCGUGUUGAUCUAGCGGCAUUAGGUGCUGGCAAAUAUGUAGAAUUAGUAAACCUUGUCCCUUGGAAGGGGAUUGAACUCCAACUCAAACAUGUUCAUGCUGCUGGCAUUUAUGGCUGGGGCAAUGUAUGUGAAACAAUAGUAGGGGAAUGGCUGGAAGACAUCUCACAAAAUCAGAUUCAUAAGAUUGUACGAGGAAUCCCUACCAUUCGAUCACUUUUUGCUGUUGGUGAUGGUGCUGCAAAGCUGGUUUCUUUGCCAGUUGCAAGCUACAGGAAGGAUCAGAGGGUACUAAAGGGGUUGCAAAGAGGUACUAUUGCAUUUCUUAGGAGUAUAUCUCUUGAAGCUGUUGGGCUUGGGGUCCACUUGGCAGCAGGGUUUCAUGACCUAUUGCUCAAGGCAGAAUAUGUUGUUACAAGUAUUCCACCAUCUCUAUCAUUGCCUUCUGCAACAACGAAGGCAAAUGUAAGAUAUAAUCAGCCAAGAGAUGCCCAAGAAGGUAUUCGACAGGCCUAUGAGAGGAUAAGCAAUGGCCUGGGAAAAUCAGCUUCCGCUUUAGUCCAAACUCCCUUGAAGAGGUACCAGCGUGGAGCCAGUGCUGGGUCUGCUUUGGCAACUGCUGUUCAGGCAGUUCCAACAGCUGCCAUUCUUCCUGCUUCUGCUUGUGCUAGUGCUGUACAUUGUGCUUUUCUUGGCUUCAGAAAUAGCCUCGAUCCUGAACGUAAGAAAGAAUCAAUGGAAAAAUAUUUGGGUCCCAAUCAGGCACGAAAUCAGAGCUAAACGACAGUGCUUAUGAAGACAACGUCACAGUUGACUUAUUUAAGAACUGCUUUCCGCAGCAACAAAGAGAAUGAUCUGAGAUUUUGCGACAAAGGGAUUAUUUUUUAGAUGUCUCUUUGUAUCCAAAAUAAAUUUCCUGCAUUAAGGCUUAUGGCUUGAGGAGUAAUCAAACAUUUCAUUCAAAUCAAAGCAAGGCAGGAAGGUAAUUUUGUACAUGUGUAAAUAUAUGGUGCUUGGAAGUUUUUAGACAUAGAAAACCAUGUAAUUAUAGUCGUCUGUUGGCAUGGUGAGCUGCAAAGUUUGAUUCUUUUAUAGAUUCUUUGACAUUGUAAAUUUGUCCUAUUUAUUGUACAUAGUCCAUUAGAUUGUUACUCGGUCAGCAAUAAUCCUCUAGAUUCUUCAUUGGUUGUUAUAGAAAGAAACCAUAUAGCACACUUAAGCGUUAGAUGCAGUGAAAAUUUUAUUUUCUAACUUGAUGAAAUGGUUGACAAUUUUAUUUUUUGACUUUCAGUUUGUAAAUAAAUUGCCUUUGUGCCUUAUCAGA